AUGAAAUUCAAUGCUCUAACAACAGCUUCAGCAGAGUUAUUGGCUAUAAGAGAAGGCUUAUUGACAGCUUGGGACAAGAAAAUUAAGUUCCUUGAACUUGAAACUGAUGUUGAUGCCUUAACAAAGAUGCUGAAGGGCCCUAAGUUGUAUGAAGACAGUGACCUGGGUAAUGUGAUAAGAGAUGUUGAUUCUCUUCUGCAGAGGGAUUGGACAGUAACCAUCUUUCAUGCAAGCAGAGAAGUAAACUUUGUGGCUGACAAACUUGCUACUAUGGGAAGAACUGAGAUCAAAGUGGGAGAAAGAAUUCCUUUCAGCUACCCUCCUGCUGAAAUUUUUCAUAUUUAUGCAUUUGAAAUUCCAGAGUUCACCCAGCCUAAUCUUUGCAGCUAUGUCCCUGGCAACAAAUUUUGCUUCCUUAUUGUUGCUUCUACUUAG